UUUUUUGUUCGUGCGGCUCACAUGGUUGGCUUUCCUUCCUGCUCUCUUCCCAGUUGUAGUGCCUGUGUCUUCUCACCGCUCAGGGCAUUCAUGGACGCAAACCAAAACUUUUAACCUCCAGAACUCGGUGGAUCCCCCUCCAUUGGAUUGCACUGGAUUGGAUUUUUUUUCUUACUGGGAUUAAUAAGUGAAGAAACAUGGUCUCUUUCAGCUGCUUGUGGGAGAAUAUAUUUUAGCCUAAGAUGGAAUAAUGGCCUUAGGUUUGAGAAGCAAAUUUGGAAUGGGAAUUCAAACCGCACAAGUCCUGGUAAUUUUCUUGUGGUGACAGAUGAGACAUGAGAUCUUCAGCCUCCAGGCUUUCAAGUUUUUCUUCAAGAGAUUCAUUAUGGAAUCGGACCAUGCCGGACCAGAUCAGCGUGUGCGAGUUCAUCGCCGAGACCACGGAGGACUACAACUCGCCCACCACGUCCAGCUUCACCACGCGCCUGCAGAACUGCCGCAACACCGUCACGCUGCUGGAGGAGGCAUUGGAUCAAGACAGAACUUCACUACAGAAAGUGAAAAAAUCUGUAAAAGCAAUAUAUAAUUCUGGGCAAGAUCAUGUUCAAAAUGAAGAGAACUAUGCACAAGUACUAGAUAAAUUUGGAAGUAAUUUUUUAAGUCGGGAUAACCCAGAUCUUGGCACUGCUUUUGUAAAAUUUUCGACGCUUACUAAGGAAUUAUCAACGCUGCUGAAAAACCUGCUGCAGGGUUUAAGCCACAAUGUUAUCUUCACUUUGGAUUCUCUUUUGAAAGGAGACUUGAAAGGAGUUAAAGGGGAUCUUAAAAAGCCAUUUGACAAAGCCUGGAAGGAUUAUGAGACCAAAUUCACAAAAAUUGAAAAGGAAAAACGAGAGCAUGCAAAACAGCAUGGGAUGAUAAGAACAGAGAUAACAGGAGCUGAGAUAGCAGAAGAAAUGGAGAAGGAAAGGCGGUUAUUUCAGCUCCAGAUGUGUGAAUAUCUCAUUAAGGUUAAUGAAAUCAAGACAAAAAAAGGUGUGGACCUUCUACAGAAUCUUAUCAAGUAUUAUCAUGCACAGUGCAAUUUUUUCCAAGAUGGCUUGAAAACAGCUGAUAAACUGAAACAAUAUAUUGAAAAAUUGGCUGCUGAUUUAUAUAAUAUAAAGCAGACACAAGAUGAAGAAAAGAAACAGCUUACUGCCCUCCGAGACUUGAUAAAAUCCUCUCUCCAGCUUGAUCAGAAAGAGGAUUCCCAAAGCAGGCAAGGAGGAUACAGUAUGCAUCAGCUUCAGGGAAAUAAGGAGUAUGGUAGUGAGAAGAAAGGUUAUCUCUUAAAGAAGAGUGAUGGGUUAAGGAAGGUGUGGCAAAGAAGGAAGUGCACUGUCAAAAAUGGAAUUCUUACCAUAUCACAUGCAACAUCCAACAGGCAGCCUGCUAAACUGAAUCUACUAACCUGCCAAGUGAAGCCAAAUGCUGAAGAUAAGAAGUCUUUCGAUCUGAUAUCACACAACAGAACAUACCAUUUCCAGGCAGAAGAUGAACAAGAGUAUAUAGCAUGGAUAUCAGUGUUGACUAACAGCAAAGAAGAAGCUUUAAACAUGGCAUUCCGUGGAGAGCAGAGCACUGGGGAAAACAGUUUAGAGGAUCUAACGAAAGCCAUUAUUGAUGACAUACAGAGGUUACCUGGAAAUGAAGUCUGCUGUGAUUGUGGAUCACCAGAUCCAACGUGGUUAUCAACUAAUCUGGGCAUUUUAACAUGUAUAGAGUGUUCUGGAAUACAUAGAGAAAUGGGUGUUCAUAUCUCUCGAAUUCAGUCUUUGGAAUUAGACAAAUUAGGAACAUCUGAACUCUUGCUGGCCAAGAAUGUAGGAAAUAAUAGUUUUAAUGAUAUUAUGGAAGGGAAUUUACCUAGUCCUUCGCCUAAACCUACUCCAUCAAGUGAUAUGACGGCACGUAAAGAAUAUAUCACUGCUAAGUAUGUGGACCAUAGGUUUUCUAGAAAGACUUGUGCAUCUGCAGCAGCUAAACUGAAUGAACUACUUGAGGCUGUCAGAUCCAGGGAUUUACUUGCACUAAUUCAAGUCUAUGCAGAGGGAGUAGAGCUAAUGGAGCCGCUCUUAGAGCCCGGACAGGAGCCAGGUGAAACAGCACUUCAUUUAGCAGUCCGGAGUGCUGAACAAACCUCUCUCCAUCUGGUUGACUUCCUUGGACAAAACUGUGGAAACCUGGAUAAACAGACUGCAUUGGGGAAUACGGUUCUACACUACUGCAGUAUAUAUAAUAAGCCUGAGUGUCUGAAGUUGCUUCUGAGGGGCAAACCAACUGUUGAUAUAGUAAAUCAAGCGGGAGAGACAGCUCUGGAUACGGCAAAAAGAUUGAAAGCUAUCCAAUGUGAAGAACUGCUUUCCCAAGCCAAGUCAGGAAAGCUAAAUCCACAUGUACAUGUAGAAUAUGAGUGGAACCUUCGACAGGAAGAAAUUGAUGAAAGUGAUGAUGAUUUAGAUGACAAGCCUAGUCCUAUAAAAAAAGAACGUUCUCCAAGGCCCCAGAGCUUUUGUCACUCUUCCAGUCUUUCUCCACAAGACAAAAUGUCUCUGCCUGGAUUUGGUACUCCUAGAGACAAACAAAGACUCUCCUACGGAGCCUUUACCAAUCAGAUUUUUGUCUCUACAAGCACCGAUUCACCAACCUCUCCAACAGCAGAUGCUCCUCCUCUCCCUCCUAGAAAUGCUGUCAAAGGUCCACCUUCAACACUCCCUCUAAACACUCAAACCUCUAGUGGCAGCGCCCCUUCCAAGAAGAGACCACCUCCCCCACCCCCUGGACACAAAAGAACCCUCUCCGACCCACCAAGCCCACUACCUCAUGGACCCCAGAAUAAGGGCCCAGUUCCUUGGGGUAAUGAUUUGGGCCCAUCUUCGACUAAGACUGCAAACAAGUUUGAGGGGAUGUCUCAGCAGUCAAGCACUGGGACUGCAAAGACUGCACUUGGACCAAGAGUUCUUCCUAAACUACCUCAGAAAGUGGCACUAAGAAAAAUAGAAACCAGUCAUCAUCUUUCAAUAGAUAAACCGAGUCCUCACGCAGAAAUCUUCCUGAAGUCUUCGCAGUCUAUCGAUCUGCCACAGAAACCACAACCUGGAGACUUGGCCCCAAAGUCUCAACCUGUGGAACAAACCCAGAAACCUCAAAUUGGAGAUUUACCCCCCAAACCAGGAGAGCUCCCCCCAAAACCUCAACUAGGAGACUUGCCACCAAAACCACAACUUGGAGACUUACCUCCAAAGCCACAAAUGAAGGACCUUCCUCCCAAACCUCAGCUAGGAGAGGCAUUGGCUAAAACUCAAGCCAGAGAAGCAUCUCCAAAGCCUCCACCCUCUGAGACCAAUCAGAAAUCUCACUCCUUGGAUCUCUCUCCAAAUGCACAGUCUAGAGACGCCGUCCAGAAACAACCAUCUGAAGAUGCUAAUGACAUAGCGCACAGCCUCCCAGAGACCCCCGUGCCGCUCCCCAGGAAAAUAAACAUGGGGAAAAACAAAGUCAGAAGAGUAAAGACCAUUUAUGAUUGCCAAGCAGAUAAUGAUGAUGAGCUUACCUUUGUUGAAGGAGAAGUAAUUAUUGUAACUGGUGAAGAGGACCAAGAGUGGUGGAUUGGCCACAUCGAAGGACAGCCGGAGAGGAAAGGAGUCUUCCCUGUGUCCUUUGUGCACAUUCUGUCAGACUAAUAAACAUACAAAACUUGAGCAUUGCACAUCCUUCAUGCAAGACGGGCUUUUUAGCAAAAGCGAACAGCUGCUGCCUCCCUGUAAUCCUGUGCACAAUUGUAUAUAUAGCUGCUGUUACAAAAUAAGAAUUCAUUUAAGGUCCACCUCAUGAGGUGAAUUAUAUCCGCAUUGUAAAUAUACUGUGUUAUUCUGCCUUUGCCAGUAUUAUGGUAGCCUUGGAACCUGGCACGCCUUAUUGGGUUUGUUGAAGCCAUCCUUGGCAUCUAGCACUUAUAUCUCUGUCCAUGCUGUUAAAAUCGUGUACGAACUGCCAGCUUUCCAAAUAUAGGUGGUUUCAAUCACCCAUGUAACUGGAUAGAAAUGACUGUUCCUAACAAACUCCGUACUUUCAAUGAUAUGAUUAGAAAGUUAGAUUCUGUUUUCAAAGUGAAUGGUUUGGGCCCCUUUAAAGACCAGUCUACAGUUUUUAAGUGUACACCAUUUACAGCUAUGAAACCCACUUUGGUAUGUAUUAAAUGAAGUGUUCAGUUAAGUGUUAUUAUAAAAACAGCAACAGAAAUAUUCACUGACUUUACAGACAGCAGUAGCAUUUCUGGGUGCGCAUCCAGCAUUUCAUGUUUCUGUUCUGUGGACUCCUCCGCACUGAGUGCAGCUUCCCUGUGAUAUUACCUCACUGUAAGAAGGUUACAAAUUACUUCCCUCUGAGAACUUUUUUAUUAAACAUUAGUCAGACUGUCCUGCAUUAGAAAGAUGUACAAUUUGGUAAACCUUCUUCCAUUUAACUUCUAGAAAAUAUUACUCUUGGCAUUAUGCAUGCAUUUAGAAGCUUACUUAAAACCUGUCUUUGUACAUGAAUAGUACUGUAGUCACAUAGCUAAGUUUGAACAAGAGAGCAUUUCAAUUUUCUCACUGUUCACAUUGAAAUGUGAGCCUGCAACAGUAUUAGUUUAUAGCUAAUUGGCUGUCUGAACAUUGUCAUUUAAAAAUGGCUUCAACAUCGUUGAAGGUUAUAAUUAGCUAAUGUAAAACUUUGUAAGUGGUGUGUUAUUUGGCAAACUCAGUGUUGUAGAUAAUUUUUUUCAAACAAAAUCAGAGUGAAAAUUGCCCUUUUUCUGCUAUUGAUGAUGGAAACCCAAAUCACCAAUAUCAAGUUGUUUUAAUAGUCUUCAUUAAACCAAAAUUGUGGUCUAUAGUUUUACCUCCAGGCAUCAGCCAGCAAACACAUAAUUAUAAUGUUAAAUUUCUACUAGUCUUUCGAGUGUUGCAUUUGACCCCUGGCAGCUUCAGAAGUAUGAAAUUGCAUUGCCUAAAAACACAUUCCUUGCACUUAAUUAACUCUCAUUUUUUCUCUAUUCAAAGCAUCUAACAUGCUAUUAAAAUACAAAUCCAUUCAUUUUUCUCAUUUUCUACGGUAUGUUACAGUUUAACACACAAUUGUUUUUCUUCGUAAACCGUUUUUGUCAGGUUCCUUGCUUUUCAUAUAUAGGCCUGGUACAUUUCUUAAGAUAGAUGUCACUUCAGCACAACAACAGAUAUAAUUUAUAUUUUAUCGUAGAUCAUCUUGGCUACCCAGGAGAAUUUUUCAUUUCAUAAAAGCACAAUGCAAAUUUUCUGAAAGCUUUCAUUUUUAGAGCAGUUUGACAAAGCUGUAGUCAGUGAAUAUUUAAUCUUAUUGAUAUGGCUAAUAUGGAAAAUUUAAAUAUCAGUCUAAUAAAACCUGCAUGAUAAUUGCAAAAUAUUGGAACUGUUAUUGGAAAGCGGCUUUUAAACAAUUGCUUCAUCAUCUCUGACAAAAACAAGUUUAUUCUUAAAAAAACAAGAAAAGAAAAGGAAAAAAAAACAGGGCACAGUGCAACGAAGCUUGCUGGCAUUUCCCCCACAGCAUUACCCACAGUAUUUCAGACUCAUACUUUUUCUGGAAGGAAGUCAGGCCCAGAGUUUAUUUUGCAUUCCAUUUUAUCCAUUAAUACAUUUUAAGUUGCAUUAAAGAACAAAAACUAUUUACGUUUUGUGGUCAAGUGUAUUUUUAAGUGAUCUCAAAGUGAGCUGGUAAAAGCAAAAUGUAUAAAGAAACUUGGACAUGUAAAAUGAUGUUGAGUCAAAUGCUAUUCUUUUCUACGCUCUUUGCAGUAGUAUAUAUGCAUUUUUUUAAACUGAAAUUGAGUUCCAUCAGGAACAAGAGUUCUGUUUAUUCUGGCUUAUCGUGGGUCAUAGGAAACCUGAAAAACACGUUGUAUGAUAUUGAGUUUAAGUAUGGUAUUAUUUAAACUCAAUGAGCCACUCUGCAAUUUUGUACAUGACAUGGUAUUGGAGAAAGUCUAGAUCUUUAUGGACAAAUAGCUAAUUAGUUUUUUUGCCCCAGGAGGGGGAAGUAUGUUCUGCAAAUGAUGUCUUAUUUACUGUUGAACAGCAGUUGCUAUUUAUUUUUUUAUUACAUAGUACAUUGACGUGUUGUAUAGAAAUCAGCUCUGGUAGUGCCACUAGUUAAAAUCUUGACUUCUUAUUUGAAUGUUAAGGUCAAACAUCAGUACACUUGUCUCUUCACAUGUAUUUAAUGUGACAGUUUGAGUACUGUAUGUGUUAAUUUCUACUUUUUUAAUAUUUAAAGUCGCUUUUAAAUAAAUGUAUUCAGUUGAUCCCAGACAUCUGCACCAAGGCCCUUUUGUCAAUUGGAAUAUCCUUGAGGAGAAAAAGACAAUUUACUUCAGUAGAGUGCAAGAGACUAUCCUAAGUACUUGGAUAUAGCACACACCUUGCCUGGUCACCAUUGGCAUGUAUAUCUGUUAUGUACAGAAGCAUUUCCCUGUAGUUACAGUGUUUUAAUCCAACCCGUGGAGUAAUGAGCGCAUUUUGCUGUGACACUUUCUCCAGUGGGCUUUUCUACAUUUAAAGUGGCUUUCUGUUUGGAAAGAAACGCUUGCCUUUUCAGUCAUCUUCUUCUCUCCAGAAGGGAGAACAGAAUCUCUCAAACAGCUGUAGUGUGAAAUGGUUCUUCGAUGGCCAUGAGUGUGAUCCCUGGAGCUGAGCGCCUGUCUAAGUUACUACCUAGCCCGGUGGUUCUCAGCCUUUUUAGACUCCAACCGUCCCCUCAUAACUUGUGAACUGAGCAGCACCCCAGUUCAAAAAACAAGUGUAUUUAUUACAGUUCUUACCUCCUUGGAGAAGGGCCAGGCAGCAGGUGCCAUGCAAGGAGAGCCUGCCCUUACUUAACCCCUCAUGCUUCCUGUGGCACCCCAGCCCCCACAGUGAGAAAUAACAAUCUAGCCUUUACCAGAGAAGGUCGACACAUUUGAAGUUGUGUGGAGCCUUCUUUUAGGCUCUUGAAUGCUUUCAGUGCAGUCUCUUCUACUUGAAAGAGGGCCCCAGUAACCAGCUCCUUCCUUUCUGACUUACUGGUUUUACUCUCUCGCUAUUUAAAAGACAACUUACAGAAACUUUUUAG